CUGUGAUUGAAUCCCGUUAAAAAGUAGCCUAACAUCGCCGGUAUAAUUUGAAAUCUUUUUCUUUUUUUCUCAGCUGCAGAGACACUUGGGGACCGAGGGACCUACCAUGAGAAGGACUGUGGAUAUUGUGCUCACUGUGCUGCUUGCCGUGUCCCUGUCGUUCCGGAGCGCCCUCGGCGGCUACGGAAUGAGCCUGUUCGCGGCGCAGACCUCUCCACCGGACCCCUGCUACGACGAGCACGGCAACCCGCGGCGCUGCAUCCCUGACUUCGUCAACUCCGCCUUCGGGAAGGAAGUGAAGGUGUCCAGCACCUGCGGCAAGACGCCCAGCCGCUACUGCGUGGUGACAUCGGCGGAGAAAGGAGACGAGAGGACCAGGAACUGUCACACCUGCGAUGCCUCGGACCCCAAGAAGUAUCACCCUCCAGCGUACCUGACGGACCUCAACAACCCACACAACCUCACCUGCUGGCAGUCCGAGAACUUCAUCCAGUACCCGCAAAAUGUCACCCUGACUCUGUCCCUCGGCAAGAAGUUUGAGGUCACCUAUGUGAGCCUACAGUUCUGCUCGCCUCGACCUGAAUCCAUGGUUAUUUACAAGUCCAUGGACUACGGCAAAACUUGGGUACCGUUUCAGUUUUACUCGACUCAGUGCAGGAAGAUGUACAACAAGCCAAACAGGGCCGUUAUCACGAAGCAGAACGAGCAGGAGGCCGUCUGCACGGACUCCCACACCGACAUGUACCCUCUGACCGGCGGGCUCAUCGCCUUCAGCACGCUGGACGGGAGACCGUCGGCGCACGACUUUGACAACUCUCCGGUGCUGCAGGAUUGGGUAACGGCCACUGACAUUAAAGUCAUCUUCAGCCGGUUGCACACUUUCGGCGACGAGAACGAGGACGACUCGGAACUGGCCCGGGACUCGUACUUUUACGCUGUGUCGGACCUGCAGGUCGGAGGGAGAUGCAAAUGCAACGGGCACGCGUCUCGGUGCGUAAAGGACCGGGAUGGGAGUCUGGUUUGUGAGUGCAAGCACAACACUGCUGGACCGGAGUGCGACAGGUGCAAACCUUUCCACUACGACAGACCGUGGCAGAGAGCCACAGCCAGGGAGGCCAACGAGUGUGUCGCCUGUAACUGUAACCUUCACGCCCGAAGGUGUCGUUUCAACAUGGAGCUGUACAAACUGUCGGGAAGGAAGAGCGGAGGGGUCUGCCUCAACUGUCGCCACAACACAGCCGGACGCCACUGCCACUACUGCAAGGAGGGCUACUACAGAGACCUGUCCAAACCUAUCUCACACAGGAAAGCCUGCAAAGCAUGUGAUUGCCAUCCCGUGGGUGCUGCUGGCAAAACCUGUAACCAAACCACAGGACAAUGUCCCUGUAAAGACGGCGUGACUGGUAUCACGUGCAACCGCUGUGCUAAAGGCUACCAGCAGAGCCGCUCGCCCAUUGCCCCCUGCAUAAAGAUCCCAGUUGCACCUCCUACAACCCCAUCCACCAGCACAGAGGAGCCAUCAGACUGUGACUCUUAUUGCAAAGCAUCGAAAGGAAAACUGAAGAUCAACAUGAAGAAGUACUGCAAGAAAGAUUACGCUGUCCAGGUGCACAUCCUGAAGGCAGACAAAGCCGGCGAGUGGUGGAAGUUCACCGUCAACAUCAUCUCCGUCUACAAGCAGGGCGAGAGCCGCAUCCGCCGCGGGGACCAGUUCCUGUGGGUCCGUGCCAAAGACGUGGCCUGCAAGUGUCCCAAGAUCAAGCCUGGGAAGAAGUACCUGCUGCUGGGGAAUGACGAGGACUCCCCGGGGCAGAGUGGAGUGGUGGCAGACAAAGGCAGCCUGGUUAUCCAGUGGAGGGACACGUGGGCGCGCAGGCUCAGGAAGUUCCAACAGCGCGAGAAGAAAGGCAAGUGCAAGAAGCCAUAGGCGGAAAAAGAUGGAGUGGAUGCUGGAGUGGGAGAGGAAUUCAAGAGAAAAGCUGAGCGGGUCAUUUAAAAAAAAAAAAAAAGAAAAAAGAAAAAGUGAAAGAGAGGCAGACAGAGGACCACGGACAGACAAGAGACUGUUUAUGUCGCUGCUUUUUUGUGUAGAAGCAUGAAGAGAAUUAUUUAGGAUCAUUUGUUUUUCUAGUGAACUUUUGUUGAAGGAGCUCACCCUGCAGAUUUGGUUUUAUGGUUUAUUUUACUUUGAGAUUUGUCUCUCUUGUGGAUUUGCACCUAUUACCAGCAUAUAAAGUUAUUUGUGUUUGUUUUCUUUAUCUCAGUAUGAAAUCAUUAUAUUUGAUGUUUAAAUUCUGUGGACAUUUUCUUCUGGUGCAAAAAUGACAGAGAAAAAGCCACUUAAUUACCACUGCAAUUAUGCCUCUGCAUGGUUUUCUUAUUGAACUCUUAACUAAGAAGCGAGCUUGUUUCAUCAAAAGUCUUCACUGAUCUGAAUGAGGCACAAUAUUUUCUCCAUUAAGAAUUGUGCCAUAGAAACGAUAGUUUGUAAGCCACAGAAUGGCAAAGUACCUUUAGCUGUCAAUUAGCAGUCAUUCCUUCCCCCUGUUUAAAUUCUGGUAUAUCUGCAAGUCAAGAAACAAGAAAUCUGUUGUCCUACAUUGUUAGCUGCCAGGACUCAAGACUUAGUCCUGACGACUAACAAUUUUAGAAUAUGCAAGUAACAGAAGAGAACCAAGGAUAAAAUCCAGUAUUAACUAAAACAUUUUUGACCUGAUUAAUCCAAGCAUAUUUUUUCUUCCCUAUUUUCCCCUUCAGACUUGGCUACAUUUUGGUGAUUCAGUAUUUGUAUAAACCUGCAUGUUGAACGCUUUUCAUUUCAGAGUGCAAAGUUCAAUUCAUUAACACAUCCCGCUCGUGGUACUAAUGUUAAAACUAUGCUUUUUGCGGGUGGACAAACUACUCUUAAAAUCACUGAUUUCACUUUCAGUACUUAACUGUGAUUUUAUUUUUCAUUUCACAACUCCGGCAGGAGUUUAACAACUGACUUAUAAAAGGACAAGGGGCCAGCCACAUUGAUUGUUAUAAAAAUAGUUAUUUCUGGGUAGAGCUAAUAGAAAAAAUGAAUAAAUAUGGGUUCUUAAGUGUCUAUCAAACAAAAUGUCAAAUGUUUUAAUUCAUUUCCUUUACAUAGGGACAAUAAUUACUUGUUCUACCACAAAAUGAUUAGAGCGUGAAAGUUACCCAAAUUAGGUUAUUGUCCUCAGUGGAUGCAGCAUUAUUGUUGUGUAGCUGCAAGUAGUGCGUGUUCUCAAAGGAUACUGACAAAGACCCGCACGUAGUAUGUCACAAGUGCAUCACUGCAAAUUAUUGUAUGAUUUAUCUCUGUAGAAAUGUAUUCUUUCAUACCAGCUUGUGAAAAAAAUUAGCAUGAAUAACACAAAGGAAGAAAAAUAUCCUUUUAACUGACCGCUGCCUCUCACUUAGGUAAUGUAAUAUGAGUGGCUACCGACCACUGAAUCUGAGAAGGUGCACCAUGUUUUGGUGAGAUGUUCAAUUAAACCCAAUCAAUGCAGACUGUAGGAAGCAACGAAAAUAGGCAUAAUGAAAAGAAAAUAAUUUCCUUACCUCUUGUGGUGCAGAAAUGAAUCCUAAUGCAGAAAAAGGAAAAUGUUCCCACAAACUGCACCUUGAAAAAGUGCUCGACAAUUAAAUAUAUUUUUGAAAUCCACCUCACACUGGCUUGUAUUUAUCUAGAAUAAUUCCUACAGUGCUAUGAGAUUGCAGAUAAAUACCAGUACAGUCCACACACUCUUUUGCAAACACAAUGCAUGACUGUACAUUCACUAAAAGGACACUGUGUGCGACCAGUCAGAGGCUGCAGUCUCCCAUUGAGCUGUCACGUUAAUUCUCUUCACUUCAACACUUGCACAGGGAGAAAUAGGGUGAAUUGCAAUCACUUGACGCUGCUCGAUUCGAAACCACAUUGCUCAUUUAUUUGUAUGCAGUUCAGUUUGGAUUUCUCCAAGGAAUGCGUGGUGAAACCACUCGGCUCAGGUUUGUGAAAGCCCACAGUGUAUCUGAUGUAUCAUAAACCGGGGUUCCUUUCAGUCCCGCCCAAAACACUUUGAGCAACAUGUUUGAUGAUGCUGGCAUUUGUUUUUUCACAAGAUCAAGUUUAGCAUCUUUUAAAUUGUCCAACAGCACAAGUAAUAAUAAAAAAAGAGUUUUAAGAUCUUUACAAGACACAUGGUUUUAAUCUAAUAGACUCUACUUCCUUUGUUUUAAAUGGUAAUCAUUUCUGAUUCCACUAUAUCACAUCUCCUCAUUUGUCCAAGAAUUUUCUGAAUGGACUGAAAUGCCUCCUCUAUGAUAUCAAAUUAGAAUGGCUUUUUAAACCACCCAAAAUCAAAAUCACCUGAGUUCAACUGUAAGAUAGAAAUAACAGAUGAACUUGUUGCUGAAGUACUUAUCAGUAUUUACAUUUAGGGUUUGAUGGGAGUGUUUUUUAUUGUACAAUCAAUCAAAUGAUUGUGAUAUCAGUCCAUUAUGAUGGUGGCUACUGAUAACAACAUAUAUACAGUAUAUUUACAUGUUCCUGCCUUUCAUUGUUAAUCCUACAUCAUAACAUUAGAUGUCAAUGUUUUUCUGUUUGGCACCAUGUAAUCUGUAUUUGCACCGCUGUAGUCUCUGUAGCCUCAUGCUGUAAAUUUUACAUCUGUCCCCUGAGCUAUGGUUUGACAAGCUUUCUGAUGAAAUGCUAUACACAUACUUGUCAAAGCAUUGCUUUGUGUUCAUACUAUGAAUUGUAAAUGUUGUUUAGUUGUCACCAUUGCCAAGACUUUUUUGCAAUGUUGUUUUACAAUGCGUACUAAUAUAUUAUGGUUAUUAUAUAUGAAUAUAUUUAAUGACA